AUGGCUGCACAAACUAUCUCAGCUGACAUGCAUCGAGAUGUUUUACCAGCUAGGGGACAUGAGGCAGUUGAUAUUGCUCUAAAAGCUGAUCUGGUUAUUUUAAACACUGCUGUUGCUGGCAAGUGGCUUGAUCCUGUUCUGAAAGAUCAUGUUCCUAUAGUCCUUCCGAAGAUUUUGUGGUGGAUCCAUGAAAUGCGAGGGCAUUACUUUAAGGUUGAAUAUGUCAAACAUCUUCCCUUUGUUGCUGGAGCCAUGAUUGAUUCUCACACAACGGCUGAAUAUUGGAAGAGCAGGACUAGCAACCGCCUGAAGUAUGUGUAA